AUGGAGUUGAUUUGUUUCAUGGUUAAUGUCAUCGGGACUCUGUUGUACAUGGGCUGCAUAUCAUUUUCUUCUUCGUCUUCUGCAACUGAUUCUGCUGUAGUUGAUUCUGCUGCUGUUGUUGAUGAUGACGAUGCUAAUGUUCCCUCAUGUCAAGAAAACUGGAGAAAACAAACAAGCCCUUGUCAAAUUGGUAACUUGUCAGAGUUUCGAUUAAACGGCUCUCUUAACAGAUUUUCCGAAAAGCUUCAACACAAAAGAUUGAAAGAGAGAGAGAGAGAGGGCAAAUGGAAAAAGAACAGAAGAAAGAGGAAUCGAUCAGGUGACCAAGAUGAUACUGAUUGUGAGGGGAGCAAAGCAAGGAGAAAAACUGGUUCUACUACUGUUGUUGAUGAGGAUGCUGAUAUCCCCCCACGACUAGAAAAGUAUGAUGUGUUUAUCAGCUUCAGAGGUGAGGACACCCGCCUUGGUAUUACCAGCCAUCUUCAUGCUGCCUUACUUCAGAAGAAAAUUGAAACCUACAUCGAUAAUAGACUUCAGAGAGGCGAAGAAAUCGGACCUGCCCUUCUAGAAGCAAUCGAGAAAUCCACGAUUUCGGUGAUCAUUUUCUCACAAAACUAUGCUUCAUCCACAUGGUGUUUGGAUGAGCUUGUGCAUAUACUCAAAUGCAAGGAAAUAUAUGGCCACAUGGUCGUACCGGUAUUAUACGACGUCAAUCCAUCUGAUGUACGGAAUCAAUACGAGAGUUAUGCGGAUGCAUUUGGACAACUUGAAAAACGUUUCGAUAACAGUAUUGACAAGGUGCACAAGUGGAGGGGUGCUUUGAAGACUGCAGCCAAUCUAUCUGGGUUUGAUUAUUCAAACAAAUUCGGAUAUGCCAGGACGGAGGCAGAUCUAAUUAGGAAUGUUGUAGAUCAUAUUUGGACCAAAUUGAUUUGUGAAUCAUCAUGUGUUUUAGAGGGCCUGGUUGGAAUUGAAAGUCACAUCGAGCAAAUUGAAUCGCUAUUAGGCAUUCAUUCACAGGAUGCUUGCAUCAGUGUUGGUAUUUGGGGAAUGGGUGGUAUUGGCAAGACCACCCUUGCUGAAGCCGUAUUUAACAAACUCUCUUCUAAAUUCGAAGCUUGUUGUUUUCUAAGAAAUGUUAGGGAGAAAGAACAAAAAGAUGGGCUAGAACACUUACAAAAUACACUUCUCAGUCAGAUAUCAAAGGAAGAAGAUCUAUCCAUAGGAUCAAUUUUUGUUCGAGAUAGGCUUAGCCGUACAAAGGUCCUCAUUGUUCUUGAUGAUGUCAGUGAUUCAAUGCAAAUUGAAGGUUUAUCUGGCAAUCGUCUUCCGUUUGGCAAUGGAAGUAGAAUCAUCAUCACAAGUAGAAAUAGGGGCACACUUAGGCAAACUGUUGAAGAGGAUAAAAUCUAUGAGGUUGGGAGAUUAAAACCGGAUGACGCUCUUCAGCUCUUUUGUUCGCGUGCUUUCAAGAAUACUCAUAUAACAGAUUAUAAGGGGUUGGCAGAAAAGGCGAUGCAUUAUGCCGGAGGCAUUCCUUUAGCUCUUAUACUUCUGGGGUCCUCAUUCCUAAAUUGCAAGAGCAAAGAAGACUUGGAAGAUGAAUUGGACAAAUUGAAACAAUUUCCCAAUGAAAAUAUCCAGAGAGUGUUGAGACUAAGUUAUGAUGGAUUGGGAAGAAAUGAGAAGGAGAUAUUUUUGGAUAUAGCAUGUUUUCAUGAAGGGUAUGAUGUGGAGGAGGUAAAGCAAUUGUUAGAUGUUCGUGGAUUCUUUGUGACGGUUGGAAUUAGAAUUCUCAUUGACAUGUCUCUCAUAUCAAUUGAUUCAAGAUGGGGACGGGAAACCAUCGAGAUGCAUGAUCUACUUGAAGAAAUGGGAAGGACAAUUGUUCAGGAACAAUGUAUUGAAGAUCCCAGAAAUAUUGAAGCCAUAUUCCUUAAUUGGCAUAACAUUGUAGAGCGACCAUUGAAACGUGUAGACUUCAAGGUGAUGUCUAACCUAAGAUUGCUAAUUGUGAAUGGUGGCUCCAAAUUCCACGCUUCUCUAGACCUUCCCGAUGCUCUUCGUUAUCUUUACUGGGAUGAAUAUCCACUGGAAUCUUUACCGUCAAAAUUUUCUCCGAAAAAUCUAGUUGAGCUUCAUAUGCCAUUUAGCCUAGUUCAGAAGCUUUGGAAAAAAGACAAGGUAUAUUAUAUUAUAUGCCUAUUUUAAUUCUUGUAUAAAAUCAAGUGUAGAAGUUAUAUUAACUCCUAUUUACUCUUGAUACAAAGACUUGUGAACUUACAAGUGAUCGAUCUGCAUUACUCCAGAUAUCUAACUGAAGUUCCAAAUCUCUCUCGAAGUCUAAAAAUUGUGAAAAUAAAUCUCUGUGGCUGUGAAAUUUUGGUUGAAAUUCCUGAGUGUUUUCAACAUCUUGACAAGCUUACUCAUCUUGAUCUUAAAGGCUGCACCAACCUCAAGUAUCUUCCAGAGAUGCUAGGAAAUAUUAAAUACUUGGAUUUACAUUACGCUGGUAUAAAAGAAUUGCCUGAAUCAGUGUGGUCUAACAAAAACAUUUCUUACUUGAAUAUACGUUUUUGCUCUUUACCUUGAGAAACUUCCAAGCAACAGUUGUAAGUUGAAAGUCUCUGGUUGUUUUGAUCGAUAUGGUUGCAUAUCUCUUUGCGAGUUUUCUGAGCUUCCGAGGGAUACAACUAAAUUAUCAUUGGUUCGUUGCAGCAGUCUUGUGAGUCUACCAAUCUACAUUUGGAAGUUGAAAUAUCUCAAGGAACUCAAUCUCUUUGGGUGCUCUGAACUUGAACAUUUCCCAGAGAUCUUGGAGCCAAUAGAACAUUUGGUGUCUCUUAAUUUGCAAAGGACAGCUGUACAAAAGCUUCCUUCGUCAUUUGGAAAUCUAAUUGGGCUUCAAACUUUAGACCUUAGUGACUGCAAGCACCUUAAGGUAGUCCCAACAAGUAUCUACCGUUUAACCAAUCUUAAACGUCUCGACUUGUAUGGAUGUCGGGAACUUGAAAAUUUGCCUUUCACCUAUGCCGGUUUUCUCUCUUUAGAAGAACUAGAUCUCAGCAGCAGCGGUAUGUUGGAAAUCCCUGAUGGUCUCGUUUGCUCAACCUCAUUGACAAGCAUACAUCUGUCUGGAACCAAGAUCAGGAGCAUACCUGCAAGCAUCAAAUGAGCUUCUCGGUUGUCUGAACUCAACUUAGUCGGCUGCAAGCAACUUCAAUCUUUGCCAGAGCUCCCAGUGCUAUGUCAUGUUUGAGCUCAAGGCUGCACAGCGCUGAAGACACAGGCAAGUUCAAGGACAGCACUCACUUGUCCGUCCAAGAAAUAAGACUGACAAACAGGCAAGGCUCUUAUAUAGACAAGUGUGUAAUAUUAUGUUUGUUAUCUUUGAUCAAAUCCAGCGGCAUCAUGAAUGGCCCAAUUGGACUAACACCGGCAAAACAGUGUUCUUGUUUGAACAAAAGAAAGAUCAGCAGAACAAAUUUUAUUAUGGGGGUAAAAUAUUACAGCAAAUUAAGGUCGAAAAAAGAAAGGCACAGCCCCAGUUUGAUAAUACAAUCAUCAAAUUUGUAACAGCGAUAAAACUAUAGGGGUCUUCGCUUCAAUAGGACUAGGAACAUUCCGAAAUUACGGAGAAAAAUUAUAAGCUAAAGGAAAAAAAAA